AUGUCAGAUGUUUUUUCUAUAUUUAAAAAAAAAAGAAUAAAAAAAGCAAAACUGUGCAAAACAUCAUUGAGAAAAAACAAGGGGAGGAUUUUCAUGAGCGACAAAUCCCGUCGGAAGGCGUACGCGACGAACCAAUCGGUUAGUAGCAACCACAGCGGAUUGCUCCACAAGCACAGUAGCGAAUAUCAGAAAAUAUCAGGCGGAGGAGAAGGAGAAGGAGUGAGAGGAAGCUCUGGACCAAGCAACAACAGCGAAAGCUUGAACGGAGUGACAAAGCAAACCCCAUUGAGUAAACUAGGGGCAACUGAAUUAUUAAAUAACGAGUCAAAUGUUGUCGUGGAAAAUUUUCCUAAACUUCCAGUUAAAAACAUUGAAUCGUGUGAAGAUGUGUAUAACAUCUUCUACUUACGAGACCAAUAUCUAAUAGGAAAUAAAAAUAUACAAAUAAAUAAUGAUCAUUUGAUUCUCCUAGAAACAACGUUAGACAAGUUAGAUGCAGCCAUAUCGGAGCUAGAGACAGAAGAAAGUUACUCCACAAAAAAAAUUUUGACAAGUGUGUAUGAAAAGGUUUUCAACUUAUAUAGGAGUUUCAAAAGCAUGAAAAGUUUACCUCCCCAACUUUCCAAUGCGUACAGUUGCUUCCAGAGUAAUAUUCUCUUUGUGAAGGGAAAGCAAUUUAAAAAAAAUUACGUUUUCGAUAAUUUAAUUAAUAUAUAUACGUACCUGCAAAACAGUGAGCUUCAACAGGAUAACAUCGAGAUGAUAAACGAAGCAAUUUAUAUCAAUGAUAAAAAUGUUUCUACUCCAUCCUUCAUAAAUAAAAGUAUUCUUACUUCCAACGAACAUGUUCAGGAACAUAUAGAAUACCUCCCUAUUAAAUUCAAUCCCCAUUUUAUUGAAUUAAAUAAAAUAUCUAUUUAUUAUCUGUUUGAAGAAUCCAUUAAUCACAUAAUAUGGCAGAAGGCGUUGGACGAAUUAGUUGUUGUUAAGGCGUUGGCCGAUAUCCCGUACUUGGACCUAUCCGAAGUGGAAGGGUUCGACUUCAAAAAGAUGAAGUCAGGACAAAGGCAAUGGUACCCUGUGUACAUUGCCAAAGAAUUAAGUGAAGAAGGACUUGCCACCGUCGAGUUCCCCUUUUGGUUCUACAUCGAUAAUUUAAAAAAUAUUUAUAAGAGGGAGUUUGAGGAUACGCACGAACUGACGGAUUUACCUAGUCCAUUCUUCUUCGAAAUAUCCUCCAUGUUUCUAGAAAACAAUGCCUUUAAGAAUUCCACGCCUAUAGAGACCAUUGGUCAUCGCACACCCUACAAGUACAUUCUCAAAGUGGCAGGCCUCAUCCAGGACAUUCGACAGAAGCGCAUUCACAAAAUUAUGAACCGGUUUAAAAACUUCGACGUCUUGUCAGAAAUUAUGUUAAUAAAUAACAUUCAGAUAUAUGAAACGUAUUGUGUGAAUUACUUGGCUUCCGUUUUUUUCCAGAACAAAGGAUCCAGUAGUUCACUAUCCCAUGGCUUUGACGUGCGCAACUAUCUCUUUGAUCCCUUUGUUUUUAGUGCCUAA